CUUUCUCAACACCCCCCCUCUCAACACCCCCCCGGUUUCCUUCUUUCCUUGAGAGUUCGAUGCACCCAGAACAGUCGCAUCCAAUAAACUCGCCGCCGGCUCGGUGAGUCAGCCCGCUGCUAUCACUCGUAGGGCUAACAGUCUCGCCUACGGAACUUCAACGAGGGAUAAACCCUCCCAUUUCGUACUGACCCCAGAUCUGAGAGCUCCCCCCCUCAAUCUCCGAAUUCGGGAAUGGCUUCUUCGGAAGCCGAUUCCCGGCUAAGCCAGGUCAUCUCCCCAGCCCUCGACAAGAUCAUCAAGAACGCCUCGUGGCGCAAGCACUCCAAGCUCGCCCACGAGUGCAAAUCCGUUCUCGAAAAGCUCUCUUCCCCUUCGAAGAACGAGACCGAGAGCGAGAGAGAGCCUGAUUCCUUCGGCCCAGGCCCGCUUCACGACGGCGGGAGCAUCGAGUUCUCCCUCUCCGACUCCGAGUCAAUUCUCAGCCCACUCAUCAACGCCGCCAAUUCUGGUGUCCUCAAAAUCGCUGAUCCCGCCGUCGAUUGCAUCCAGAAACUAAUUGCCUAUGGCUACCUCCGCGGCGAGGCCGACCCCACCGGCGGUGAUGAGGCAAAGCUCUUAACCAGCCUGAUCGAGUCCGUGUGCAAAUGCCACGAUUUGGGCGACGACCAGAUGGAAUUGCUCGUUCUCAAGACGCUCUUAUCGGCGGUAACAUCGAUUUCGCUGCGAAUUCACGGUGAUUGCUUGCUUCAGAUCGUGAAGACGUGCUAUGAUAUCUACUUGGGGAGCAAAAACAUGGUGAACCAGACGACGGCCAAGGCGUCGCUGAUUCAAAUGCUGGUGAUCGUGUUCCGGAGAAUGGAGGCGGACUCUUCGACGGUGCCGAUUCAGCCAAUUGUGGUCGCCGAACUGAUGGAACCGGCGGAGAAAUCCGAUGCGGAUGGGUCGAUGACAAUGUUCGUGCAAGGUUUUAUAACGAAGAUCAUGCAGGACAUUGACGGAGUUCUGAAUCCUGUUACGCCAGGGAAGGUAUCGUUGAGUGGUCAUGACGGGGCGUUCGAGACAACGACGGUUGAGACGACGAACCCGGCGGAUUUGUUGGAUUCAACGGAUAAGGAUAUGUUGGACGCCAAGUAUUGGGAGAUCAGUAUGUAUAAGACGGCGUUGGAGGGAAGGAAGGGUGAGUUGGCGGAUGGGGAGGGGGAGAGGGAUGAGGAUUUGGAGGUUCAGAUCGGGAAUAAGUUGCGGAGGGACGCCUUCUUGGUGUUCCGGGCACUUUGCAAGUUGUCGAUGAAGACGCCUCCCAAGGAGGCGCUGGCGGAUCCCCAGUUGAUGAGGGGGAAGAUUGUGGCUUUGGAAUUGUUGAAGAUUUUGUUGGAAAACGCCGGGGCUGUGUUUAGGACUAGUGAUAGGUUUUUAGGUGCCAUUAAGCAAUACUUGUGUCUGUCAUUGUUGAAGAACAGCGCGUCGACUCUUAUGAUCGUUUUCCAGCUUUCUUGCUCCAUUUUCAUUAGUCUGGUGUCAAGAUUUAGAGCUGGAUUGAAAGCAGAAAUUGGAGUAUUUUUUCCUAUGAUUGUUCUGAGAGUUUUAGAAAAUGUUGUUCAACCUAAUUUUCAGCAGAAGAUGAUCGUGCUUCGGUUUCUUGAGAAGCUCUGUGUUGACUCACAAAUUUUGGUGGACAUAUUUAUUAAUUAUGAUUGUGAUGUUAAUUCGUCAAACAUAUUUGAGAGAAUGGUCAAUGGACUUCUUAAAACUGCACAAGGUGUCCCUCCUGGUGUAACCACCACACUGUUGCCACCGCAGGAGGUGACCAUGAAACUUGAAGCUAUGAAGUGCUUGGUGGCGAUUUUGAGAUCAAUGGGAGAUUGGAUGAAUAAACAGUUGCGUAUUCCAGAUCCUCAUUCCACUAAGAAGUUUGAAUCAGCUGACAACAGCCCUGAACCUGGAAGUCUGCCCAUCGCAAAUGGGAAUGUGGACGAAGCUGUUGAAGGGUCAGAUUCUCAUUCUGAAGCUUCCAGUGAGGCUUCUGAUGUUUUGACGAUUGAGCAACGACGAGCUUACAAGCUGGAACUUCAGGAAGGUAUAUCUCUUUUUAAUCGGAAACCUAAGAAGGGGAUCGAAUUUCUUAUCAAUGCAAGCAAGGUGGCCAACUCACCUGAGGGAAUAGCAUCUUUUCUUAGAAACGCAUCUGGUUUGAACAAGACUUUGAUAGGUGAUUAUCUAGGAGAAAGGGAAGAGUUACCACUGAAAGUGAUGCACUCCUACGUGGAUUCCUUUGAAUUUCAAGGUAUGGAGUUUGAUGAGGCAAUCAGGGCCUUUCUUCAAGGCUUUAGGUUGCCUGGUGAGGCCCAGAAGAUUGAUCGAAUCAUGGAGAAGUUUGCAGAGCGUUACUGCAAAUGUAAUCCAAAGGCAUUUACAAGUGCUGACACAGCCUAUGUCCUUGCUUACUCUGUGAUAAUGCUCAAUACUGAUGCUCAUAAUGCUAUGGUGAAGAACAAGAUGUCAGCUGAUGAUUUUAUCAGGAAUAAUCGCGGCAUAGAUGAUGGAAAAGAUUUACCCGACGAGUACCUGAGGUCACUCUUUGAACGGAUAUCCAGAAAUGAGAUAAAAAUGAAAGAGGAUGAUUUGGCUCCACAACAGAAACAGUCUGUGAACUCAAAUAGACUUCUUGGCUUGGAUGGUAUACUGAAUAUAGUGAUCCGUAAGCGUGGAGAAGACAAAUAUAUGGAGAGCAGUGACGAUCUAAUCAGGCACAUGCAAGAACAAUUCAAAGAAAAAGCUCGGAAAUCUGAGUCAGCUUAUUAUGCAGCAACGGACGUGGUGAUCCUUCGGUUCAUGAUUGAGGCGUGCUGGGCUCCUAUGUUGGCUGCCUUCAGUGUUCCACUUGACCAGAGUGAUGAUGAAGUGGUAAUAGCUAUGUGCCUUGAAGGCUUCCGGUAUGCUGUCCAUGUUACUGCUGUGAUGUCCAUGAAGACUCAUAGAGAUGCUUUUGUGACUUCCCUAGCAAAGUUUACCUCUCUCCACUCUCCUACUGAUAUCAAGCAGAAAAACAUAGAUGCGAUUAAGGCAAUAGUAACAAUCGCAGAUGAGGAUGGGAAUUACUUGCAAGAAGCUUGGGAGCAUAUCUUGACAUGUGUUUCUAGGUUUGAGCAUCUACAUCUCUUGGGAGAAGGUGCUCCUCCAGAUGCAACGUUUUUUGCUUUUCCUCAGAAUGAGUCAGAAAAAUCAAAACAAGCCAAGUCCACCAUCCUUCCUGUUUUGAAAAAAAAGGGACCUGGGAGGAUUCAGUAUGCGGCUUCUGCUGUGAUGAGGGGUUCCUAUGAUAGUGCUGGUAUUGGCGGCAAUGCCUCUGGGGUGGUCACUUCUGAACAAGUGAACAAUUUAGUCUCCAAUUUGAACAUGUUAGAACAAGUUGGGAGCUCUGAAAUGAAUCGCAUAUUCACACGGAGCCAAAAGUUGAACAGUGAGGCAAUAAUAGACUUUGUCAAGGCCCUUUGCAAGGUCUCUAUGGAGGAAUUGCGAUCUGCAUCUGAUCCACGAGUUUUCAGCCUUACCAAGAUUGUUGAGAUUGCGCACUAUAACAUGAACCGCAUCAGGCUUGUGUGGUCAAGCAUCUGGCACGUGCUCUCUGAUUUCUUUGUAACCAUUGGCUGCUCUGAAAACCUUUCUAUUGCUAUAUUUGCAAUGGAUUCUUUACGCCAGUUGUCAAUGAAAUUCUUAGACCGAGAAGAACUGGCUAACUAUAAUUUUCAAAAUGAAUUCAUGAAGCCUUUUGUCAUUGUAAUGCGCAAGAGUAGUGCUGUUGAAAUCAGAGAGUUAAUCAUUAGAUGUGUCUCGCAAAUGGUGUUAUCUCGCGUCAACAAUGUUAAAUCAGGAUGGAAAAGCAUGUUCAUGGUCUUCACAACUGCGGCUUAUGACGACCACAAAAACAUUGUGCUAUUGGCAUUUGAAAUUAUUGAGAAAAUUGUGCGAGACUACUUCCCACACAUUACCGAGACUGAAACCACCACCUUUACAGACUGUGUGAAUUGCCUGAUUGCCUUCACUAAUAACAGAUUCAACAAAGACAUUAGCCUUAAUGCUAUUGCUUUUCUUCGGUUCUGUGCAACAAAACUUGCAGAAGGAGAUCUUGGCUCUUCAAGGAAUAAAGAUAAGGAAGCUUCUGCUAAACUAUCUCCAUCUUCACCUCAAAAAGGAAAAGAUGGUAAACAAGAUAACAGUGAGAUGGGCGAUAAGGACAAUCAUGUUUAUUUCUGGUUCCCUUUGUUGGCUGGUUUGUCAGAACUUAGCUUUGACCCUAGGCCUGAAAUCAGGAAGAGUGCCUUGCAAGUUCUAUUUGAUACUUUACGCAAUCAUGGUCAUCAUUUCUCACUUUCUUUGUGGGAACGAGUGUUUGAAUCAGUUCUAUUUCCAAUAUUUGACUAUGUGAGGCAUGCUAUUGAUCCUUCUGGGGGGAACUCACCAGGGCAGGGAACUGAUAGUGAUACAGUUGAGCUUGAUCAAGAUGCAUGGCUCUAUGAGACAUGCACGUUGGCCCUCCAACUAGUUGUAGAUCUUUUUGUCAAAUUUUAUAACACUGUCAAUCCACUUUUGAGAAAAGUGCUGAUGCUUCUUGUGAGCUUUAUUAAACGUCCUCACCAAAGCCUUGCUGGUAUUGGUAUUGCUGCAUUUGUCCGUUUGAUGAGUAAUGCUGGUGAUCUAUUCUCCGAAGAAAAGUGGCAAGAAGUGGCUUUGACAUUGAAAGAAGCAGCUAAUGCAACAGUUCCUGAUUUUUCUUUUAUUGCCAGUGAAGGGUCUUUACCUAGAGAAACUAACGUAGAGUCUUUUGUGUCUGAUGUGCCUGAUGAUGAUGAUUCAGAGAGUCUAAGGACACAACAUCUCUAUGCUUCUUUAUCCGACGCAAAGUGCCGAGCUGCCGUUCAACUUCUAUUGAUUCAGGCGGUGAUGGAAAUCUAUAAUAUGUAUCGGUCAAAACUUUCAGCAAAAACCACCUUAAUCCUGUUCGAUGCCUUGCGUGAUGUGGCAACCCACGCUCACAAGAUCAAUGGCAAUACCACACUGCGAUCAAAGCUUCAAGAGUUUGGCUCUAUGACCCAAAUGCAAGACCCUCCAUUGUUACGGCUAGAGAAUGAGUCUUACCAAACUUGCUUCACAUUCUUACAGAAUCUUAUACUGGAUAGGCCCCCAGGUUAUGAUGAGGCCCAGGUGGAGUCCUUCCUUAUUGACCUUUGCCAGGAGAUCUUACAGUUUUAUAUUGAAACUUCUCAGUCGGGAACAAUAUCUGACUCAUCCCUUGGGCAUGCUCCCCAUUGGCAAAUUCCUUUAGGUUCUGGGAAACGAAGAGAAUUGGCUGCACGUGCACCUCUUAUUGUUGCCACUCUCCAGGCUAUAUGUAGUCUGGGAGAGAGUUCAUUCGAGAAGAACUUGGGUCGGUUCUUCCCCCUACUUGCAAACUUGAUAAGUUGUGAACAUGGGUCAAAUGAGGUCCAGGUAGCUCUCAGUGAUAUGCUUAGCUCGGCAGUGGGUCCUAUUCUGCUCCGGUCUUGUUGAUUUUAGUGAGAUAGCAGCACACCCUUUGUUUUAAGAUGUAUGAUAUUGUUAUCCAAGCCUUGUAGUUCUAUAUUUUCCUUAUAUAUCUUUCAUUUUGUGAUAAUUGUUAUCGGAAAUAUAGAUUCAUAGUGUAUGAGUUAGCCCUGGUUUUCGGAUUGGCUUGUGCUUCUGAACCUCCUGUAGUUUAUUCAGGGGUGCGGCUUCCUCCAUAUAGAUUGAUAGAUUUUUUCACUGAGUUUUGAUGUUGUAUGAUAGUCAAAUUUAUCUUUUGACAACGAGACUCCCAAAGCAAUAAUUUCGUGUAAAGAAGUUUCCAUUCAGAUCUGCCUAUAAUAUAUUGUGUAUUUUCGUGCAAAA